GUGAAUCAUUCUCACGGGCCGUGGUGCAAUGACGGCUAUUGAUGUUGCAAUGAGCAAUAUCUCCCUUCUAACCGAUCCCAAAACCAUCAAAUGGGUCGAGAGACCCAGCUCUUCUUCUUUUCAUUCUUCUUCGAGGCGUGGACGUAAUUUUCUCGUCAUGUUGUUGGUGUCCUUCGUUUUUCUCACGGGGCUCGUCUUGGCCCUGGCCGCCCCCCAACACAAGCGGCAGGUCAGCGGUCCUGUCAUUGGUUCGAAUUUCCAGGAUCCUUCAGUAGUUCAGCUGGGCGAUGGAAGCUGGAUCGCCUAUGCGGGAGUCAAUGGAAACCCAGCCGGUAUCAAUGUGCUUGUUGCAACCUCAACCGAUUUCUCGACAUGGAGCAUCAGGAACGGCUACGAUGCCUUACCUGUGAUGCCGUCCUGGGCUGCCUCGCCGCCUCAUGUUUGGGCUCCGGAUGUGGUGCAGCUGGGGAAUGGCAAUUAUGUGCUUUAUUAUUCAGUGUCCAUGGCGGAAAGCCCGGGAAAACAUUGUGUUGCAGCAGCUACUGCGUCCAACCCAGAAGGCCCUUUCACCCCUGUUCAGACUCCAUUGUUCUGUGAUUUGGAUGCUGGCGGAGCAAUUGAUGCAGAUGGCUUCCAGGAUCCCAACACCCACCGACAAUAUGUCAUCUAUAAGGUUGAUGGUAAUUCUGUUGGCAAUGGAGGCGCGUGUUCCAACAGCGUGGACCCGAUCGCACCCACUCCACUUGUGUUGCAAGAAGUCAGUGCCAGCGACGGCUAUUCCUUGGUCGGAAAUCCGCUCACUGUUCUGACGAACGAUGCGAAUGAUGGCCCUAACAUCGAGGCUCCUGUCCUCACGUACGACUCAUCUUCCGGCACCUACGUGAUUUUUUACAACUCGAAAUGUUUCACCACGCCUCCUUACAAUGUUCGGUACGCCACGAGCAAAAGCAUUUCUGGGCCCUACACCAAACAAGGCACUCCGUUUUUGCAGACCGGGAGCACAUCUGCUCAGGUGUACAUUCCCGGCGGUAUGGACAUUACCAAGGAUGGGAAACUGGCCGUCUUUCACGGCGAUCUGAACAUGGGUUGGUUCCAGAACGAUGGCAGCAAGAGGGUCCGAGGCAUGUAUGCCAUUGAUCUUUCGGUGAAGAGUGGUAGUGCGAACGUGGGGCGGUUAUACUGAAAGGUCAACGGAAGGAAGCUCCUAGCGAGUCUCCCAACGAACACGACUAACGAAGGCAUGACGCUGCAUGGUAAUUCUGCAUGUACAAUAUCGGCCUUGUUCAGGUUGUUGAGGUUUUGAGAUUUUAGCCCUCUGAAGGUAUUUAGCAUUUAGACUGAUUCAACAGACAUGAAAUUUUUCUUCA